AUGAGCACUAAAGUUGUGUUCCUUAAACCAUGUAUCUUUGUAGGUGACUUGAGCGUGCUUGUUUCCUCUGUAGGCGGGAUCAACACUAGUGUUAAUGUGGGUCCUGAUAUUGUCAAUGAUCCGCAGUGUUUGGAAACGAGCCUGAUGAGCAAAGUGGUUGAAGAUGCUGCCCCAUACCUUUAUCCUUGCAGUAUACAAUACAGCCUAAUUUGUGCAGGUAUUCUGUACACAAUGUGGACAAACAUUGGCAAACGUUUGCUUUAUCAGUCAAGCGACGAAGAAAGUCAACGAGAAGCAAAAGUACGUUCCCAAAAAUUAAGUGUGGACUGUUCAUCGUCCAGUCGCGGACUUUUCAUGGGCAUCUUCCUAUUGGUGUCAGCCGUGAUCUCUAUGAUAGUUUUCUUCAUGCUCAUCAACAAGCCGUCCUACAUGGACGCCGCCAUUCAGUUAGAACAUCUCUCCCAGGUCGUGCUCAAUGUUAUUGCCGCCAUUGCUCUGAUACUUGCAUUUAUACGCAUGCGCGAGUUGCGCUUUACAGCGAAAGAGGAGCUGUCCCUAGAGGAGAUACUACUCAUCAUUUCGUUACCUGGCGAAUAUAUUUUCGGGUUUUUGAGUAUAAUAGCUAUCGGUGUAGAAGGGAUAGACCAGAGUGGACUGAUCAUCUUGCUAUCCAGUGUGCUGGCUAUGUUCGAAUCCUCGCUGCAGACCAUGUUCAUUUUGAACGGUAUGCGCAGGAGCGCACACACUCCGCAGCUGCAGAAGCGGAAGACAGGCCGCGAAUUCAUUACCUUCCUUAUGGUAUGCAACAUUGCUAUGUGGGGGGUCAACACUUUUGAAAUCCACAGGUCAGAGUUCAACCCUGCUCAAAUGCGCUUCUAUGGCGUAUUAGCAUGGAACAUAUUCACGCACAUUGCAAUUCCUCUCAUCAUUUUCUUCCGUUUUCAUUCGACCGUGUGUCUGUCCAAUAUCUGGAAACACGCCUGGAAGCGAAAGUCUAAUAGUCAAGAAAGCUUGACUAAUGCCGGACAAUAA